UUAUGAAUGAUUUUAGUUCUGUAAAUGGCAAAUGCAAGACUUUGUACUUAGUAUAACAAUGUGAUUCAACAUUGGGUUCAGAAAAACUGGGAACAGAUUCAAGUACAAUUUUAUCAAAUGGAAGUUUGAUUUCUUCAAUAGCUAUGAUUUUUUAUUCUUAUGGAAUAACAAGUCCAAUGACAAUUAAUUCAUGGUUAAAGCAAAACAAUAGAUACUCAUCUAGAGAUCUUUUUAUUUGGUUUUCAAAAAAGGAUUUCGGAUGUAUUUAUCUAAAAGUAUUUAGGUUCUUUAGCUAAAUGUAUAUAAAUUAGAUUCGAUCAGCAAGAUUCGAUGAUGGAAAUCAUUUAAUUUUAAGUGUAAAUGAAGAAGCUCAUUAUGUUUUAAUGACAUCUAUAGUUUCUUAGUUAAUGAUCCUCCAUAUUAGAAACAAAUUAUCCAGAUAAUGAAGCAAGUUUUGG